GGCAAUUACAUCCCUAUAUCGACUCUCUCGUAUUAACCGUCUAAAUUACUAUUGCUAGCAAAUUAGAUAACUAAUCGCUGAAAAUUAAGAAUUUAGAUAGCCUGUGAAUCACAAUCGGCUGUCAAUCCCACAAAAUUCCAAACCUUUGACCUCAAGCAUCCCACCAUGUCAAGUCUCGCUCGGCUGCUGUCUUCUUUCACUGGGUGUUCGAGGGUACGGAACAGAGAUCAUCAUAGAUUCUCCAAACAAGCACAUAUCUCGAAUUUCCCGAACGAAACCCAACAACCCACGGAUUCGAAUCCACAACCCACAGGCACAGUACGACGAGUUUCACACAAAAAAUUAGCAAAAGAAAGAGAGAGACAGAGAUAUAGAGAGAUGGAGAAGAGGCUUUCAGAGGCAGCAAUGGAAGGGAAUAUAUCGGCCCUUAAAGAAUUGCUCUUGGAAGACCCUCUUAUUCUUGACAGAACCAUCGCUUUUUGCGUUUCAGAGACUCCCCUUCACAUAUCUUCCAUGCUGGGCCACUUGGGUUUCGUCAAGGAGCUACUGAGUCAGAAACUCGAGUUGGCCUCCGAGUUGGACUCCCACGGGUCGUCUCCACUGCAUCUGGCAUCAGCAAAAGGGCACCUGGAGAUAGUCAGAGAGCUGUUGUUUGUGGAUGCUGAGGCUUGCAUGGUGAGGAACCAGGAUGGGAGGACGCCCCUCCACUUGGCGGCGCUUAAGGGGCGACUUGAGGUAGUAAGUGAGUUGGUCCGAGUCAAGGCUGAGUCUGCUCGGGUGCUGACGGACCGAGGUGAAACGGUUCUUCACUUGUGCGUUGGGCGCCGUAAUAGCUUGGAGGGGUUGAAGGUGCUGGUUGAAGCAAUUGGGAAAAACGAUGGGUUGGUGAAUUGCAAGGAUUGUGAUGGGAAUACUGUUUUGCAUAUUGCUGUGGCCAAAAAGAAUUUUGAGGCCAUAAAGUUUUUGGUUGCUAAUACUGGUGUGGAUGUGAAGGCAUUGAAUACAAAAGGCUCUACAGCGUCAGACAUUCUGAUACAGAGCCCCAGAGAUUUGAGGGAUAUGGACAUUGAGAAUUUGUUUCAUGGUGAUGAGGCUUUAAAUCCAAAAGACACACAUUCAAUUGUGCAUGACUGGUUUCCAACACAAGUUCCUCGGAUCACAACAUCUCCAACCUCAACAUUAAUCUCCACAGAGAAGCCAGCAGCAGCACUGAAGCAUAAACAUACUGAUUGGCUUGGUAGAAAGCGAAGUGCAUUGAUGGUGGUGGCAUCUCUGAUUGCAACGGUGGCCUUUCAAACUGGAAUAACCCCACCAGGAGGUGUUUGGAACCCGGUGGAGAAGCCGCACGCCGCCGGAACGUCGGUUAUGGUGCAUACCAAUUCAUUUCGGUAUGGCCAGUUCAUGAUCUUCAACACAAUUGCUUUCCUUGCAUCUCUAAGCAUAAUUCUUCUAUUCAUCAGCGGGUUACCGAUAAAGCAUGGGAGAUGGAUGUGGAUUCAAAUGGUAAUAAUGUGGAUUGCCAUCACUGCACAAGUGCUAACAUACUUUAUCUCUCUGAAACACACGUCGCCGGAAAGUGCAAAUGUGCAGAGUAUGCUGAGUGAUGUAACUGAGAUAUCAGUCUUAACAUGGUUGGCGCUAAUGGGUGUUGUUUUCGUCGGCAAUGUCGUUCGUAUGAAUUCAUGGAUUCUCAGAAAGUAUGGUUUUCUUGAGGAAAAAGAGGUUGUACCUGAAGAGACAAUUGAAGAUGAACAUGAAGAGUUGUGAGGCAAAGAUUGUUGAGAAUGGAAAAUUUCUAUACUUUCUCUUGGUGUAAAUAGUAUGACGUUCUGAAAAUUCAGAUAUUAAUGCCAUCUCUGCUGAUUUACAGCA